CGGCAACAUAAGCUUGGUAUAAAUGGCCUAGCUUUACUCGCAUUGUCCACUCCACACGGCUCUGGAGAGAAUCCCCCAAAUCUGAACAUUAUCACCUCACUAACUUAUCAAAUCAAAGUUUGAUUCCAGUUCUGAAAGAAUGUACGACCCUAUAGACGAAGAGGAUCAAUAUGAUGAUCAGGAAGAAGAUGAUGAGAUCACUUCUGACUUGUGGCAGGAGGCCUGCUGGACAGUUAUUAGUUCAUAUUUUGAAGAAAAGGGUCUUGUGCGACAACAACUUGACUCUUUUGAUGAGUUUAUUCAGAUGUCUGUACAAAGAAUAGUAGAGGAGUCACCACCUAUUGAAUUGCAAGCAGAAGUUCAGUACACUGAAGCAGAUAUUGAGGAGCCGACACGUUAUCAACUUAAAUUUGAACAGAUUUAUUUGUCAAAACCAACUCAUUGGGAAAAAGAUGGUGCACCAAAGCCUAUGAUGCCUAAUGAAGCAAGACUUCGAAACUUAACUUAUUCAUCACCACUUUAUGUCGACGUUUCCAAAACAGUCACAAGAAGCGGACAAGAGCCAGAAACUGAAGAACAUGGAAAAAUAUAUAUCGGAAAAAUACCUAUUAUGUUGCGAUCCACAUAUUGCGUCUUAAAUGGAUUGCUAGAUCGUGACUUAACUGAAUUGAAUGAAUGCCCACUUGACCCUGGUGGUUACUUUAUUAUCAAUGGCUCUGAAAAAGUUUUAAUUGCACAAGAAAAAAUGGCAACAAAUACUGUUUAUGUAUUUCAGAAAAAAGACUCAAAAUACGCUUAUACAUGUGAAAUACGUUCCUGUCUUGAACAGUCAUCAAGACCAACAAGUACAAUGUUUAUUUCUAUGUUAGCUAGAGGUGGUGGUGGUGCUAAAAAAGGAGCCAUUGGUCAAAGAAUUAUAGCAACCAUUCCUUAUAUACGUCAAGAAAUACCCAUCAUGAUUGUUUUCAGAGCCUUAGGUUUUGUGUCAGAUCGUGACAUUUUAGAACAUAUUAUUUACGACUUUGAUGAUCAGGAGAUGAUGGAAAUGGUCAAGCCUUCCUUGGAUGAAGCUUUUGUUGUGCAAGAGCAAAAUGUUGCUUUAAAUUUUAUUGGUACUCGUGGUGCUAAACCUGGUGUAACCAAAGAGAAGAGAAUUAAAUAUGCAAGAGAGAUUUUGCAGAAAGAGAUGUUACCUCAUGUUGGUACCAGUGAUUUUUGUGAAACAAAGAAAGCUUAUUUUCUGGGAUAUAUGGUUCACAGAAUUCUUCUGGCUGCUCUGGGGCGCCGUGAACUUGAUGAUCGUGAUCACUAUGGCAACAAACGUCUAGAUCUUGCAGGGCCAUUGCUGGCGUUUUUGUUUAGAGGAUUGUUUAAGAAUCUCAUGAAAGAAGUAAGGUUAUAUGCACAAAAAUUCAUCGACAAAGGAAAAGAUUUCAAAAUUGAACUUGCCAUAAAAACUAAAACAAUAACAGAUGGUUUGCGUUAUUCGUUAGCUACAGGUAAUUGGGGUGACCAGAAGAAAGCGCAUCAAGCAAGAGCAGGUGUAUCACAAGUGUUGAACCGAUUGACGUUCGCUUCUACGUUAUCACAUCUACGACGUUUAAAUUCACCUAUUGGAAGAGAUGGCAAGUUGGCACGGCCAAGACAGCUUCAUAACACUCAUUGGGGAAUGAUCUGUCCUGCUGAGACACCUGAGGGGCAAGCUGUUGGUCUUGUAAAGAAUCUUGCAUUAAUGGCAUACAUUUCUGUCGGUUCCCAACCAAGUCCAAUUUUAGAGUUUUUAGAAGAAUGGGCUAUGGAGAACUUGGAAGAAAUUAGUCCAUCUGCUAUCAAAGAUUCAACGAAAAUUUUUGUCAACGGUUGUUGGGUGGGCAUACAUCGAGAUCCCGAGCAGUUGAUAUUAACAUUGCGAAGGUUGAGAAGAUUGAUGGAUAUUAUUGUAUCAGAGGUCUCAAUGGUCCGUGAUAUUCGUGACAAAGAAAUUCGAAUUUACACUGAUGCUGGAAGAGUUUGUCGUCCACUUCUAAUUGUGGAAAAUCAAAAAUUAUUGCUCAAGAAAAGCCAUAUCGAUCAAUUAAAAGAGAGAGAAUACAAUGACUUCGGUUGGCAAGAUCUAGUAGGCAACGGUGUUGUUGAAUAUGUUGAUGUAAAUGAAGAGGAGACGUCGAUGAUUGCCAUGAAUCCUGAAGAUUUAGAGGAUCGAGAACAGUCGUAUUGUUCCACCUACACGCAUUGUGAGAUUCACCCUGCUAUGAUUCUUGGAGUGUGUGCGUCUAUUAUCCCUUUUCCAGAUCACAACCAGUCUCCUCGUAAUACAUAUCAAUCUGCUAUGGGUAAGCAAGCCAUGGGUGUGUACAUCACCAACUUUCAUGUACGUAUGGAUACUUUAGCACAUGUGUUGUAUUAUCCACAGAAGCCACUGGUAACCACACGAUCGAUGGACUUCUUGAAAUUUCGUGAAUUGCCGGCAGGAAUCAAUUCAAUCGUUGCUAUCGCUUCGUAUACUGGUUAUAAUCAGGAAGAUUCUGUGUUGUUGAAUGCUUCAGCGAUAAACAGAGGCUUAUAUCGGUCUGUGUUUUACCGGUCGUAUCGUGAUGAAGAGUCUAGGAAAGGGCUGGACCAAGAAGAAAGAUUUGAAAGACCGCGUCGAGAUGAAUGCACAGGUAUGCGUAACGCUAUAUACGACAAACUGGAUGAAGACGGAUUGAUUCCUCCUGGUUCUCGAGUAAGUGGUGACGACGUAAUUAUCGGUAAAACCGUCACUGUUCCUGACGACGAUGACGAACUUGAGGGACAGACGCGUCACUACACGAAACGUGACUCAAGCACGUUCUUAAGAGCAAGUGAAACUGGUAUUGUUGAUCAGGUCAUGUUGACUAUCAACGAAGAAGGAUAUAAAUUCUGCAAGAUUAAGGUACGUUCUGUACGGAUCCCACAAAUUGGUGAUAAAUUUGCCAGUCGUCAUGGUCAGAAAGGUACAUGCGGAAUCACAUAUCGACAAGAGGACAUGCCUUUCACAUGCGAAGGGAUUUCACCAGAUAUUGUUAUUAAUCCUCAUGCCAUCCCGUCUCGUAUGACAAUUGGUCAUUUAAUCGAAUGCUUGCAAGGGAAGGUUUCUGCAAACAAAGGCGAAAUUGGCGAUGCCACGCCCUUCAAUGACGCAGUGAAUGUGCAGAAGGUUUCUAGUUUGUUACAAGAAUAUGGCUAUCAUUUAAGAGGGAAUGAGGUUUUAUUUAAUGGAUUUACUGGUCGUAAGUUAAACGCUCAAGUAUUUCUUGGUCCCACAUACUAUCAACGCUUAAAACAUAUGGUCGACGAUAAAAUCCAUUCACGUGCUCGAGGUCCCGUCCAGAUUUUAACCAGACAACCUAUGGAGGGCCGAUCUAGGGACGGUGGUCUUCGAUUUGGUGAAAUGGAACGUGAUUGCCAAAUCUCUCAUGGCGCAGCGCAAUUUUUAAAUGAGCGUUUAUUCGAAGCGUCAGACGCGUACAGAGUUCAUGUGUGCAACAUCUGUGGUUUAAUCGCGAUCGCAAACCUCCGCAACAACACGUUCGAAUGCCGUGGCUGUAAGAAUAAAACACAGAUUUCACAAAUUCGCAUACCUUACGCAUGUAAAUUACUUUUCCAAGAAUUAAUGUCAAUGAGCAUAGCGCCAAGAUUAAUGGUAGAUGCUCCUAAAGUUUAGUUACGAAGAAUAACUGGCAUGAUGGAGAGUGCUCUCCGCCGUUUAUAAAAAAAUCGCUCAACGAACCUCAUAACAAAAGGACAACGAGGAAUUGUUAUAAUAUUUCUUAACCUUUUUAAUUUGAUUGCUAAAAAACAGAAACAAAAAGGUUGUAAAUAGUG